UACAAUUGGUGCAAUAUGCCUCGUGCCAAUCCCGACACUUACCCGAAGGCUGAGGAGGGCUAUAAGCUGGAGUAUGUCGAGGUCAUCCACAGGCAUCACAAGCGGACGCCAUAUGCCGCCAAUACGUUUCCACGAGAAAGCUAUUCCUGGGAGUGCAGUGAUGAGGCACUGUUCUAUGGAGGCCAGCCCGUUGGAGUUUAUGGCUCCGGUUCUGCCGAGACGUACUGGUCUGUCUAUACAUCCGCGACGAAUCCGCUUGCGCCACUUGGCUUCAAUGGGACCUGCCAAUUUCCCCAAAUCACUCGUGGUGGUUUGAUGGACAGCAAGAGACAUGGCAAAGAUCUGAAGGCCGUCUACAGUGGCUUGCUGAACUUCAUUCCAGAGCAGUAUGAUGGAAACCUGGUCUCCUACAGAGUCACAAAUUCCAUGACAUCGCAAGUGGCAAGCGCGCUCAUUCCAGGCAUGUAUCCUGAACGCGAGAACAAGGAUGCGCCACUUCUCAUCCAGCCCCACAGUAUCGACAGUCUUGAACCGGCUUACAAAUGUGCCAGCGCGUCUGCUCUGUUUAGCUCUUACGGUUCUGGAAGCUCCUCGCCAGCUUGGCUUCAACACAUUAAUGCUUCGUCUAACCUUUUCGCGCGACUCGAUGCUUUAUCUGGAGUCAGUCCUAAUGCCAGCGAUUGGCACAUGAGCUGGGACCACUACUUCGACAACCUUUCAGCUCGACUGUGCCAUCAGAAACCACUUCCUUGCAAGAUUGGAGAUUCGACCGACUGCGUCAGCCAAAAUGAGGCCGAGGAGGUCUUUCGCCUUGGCGAGUACGAAUAUUCUUUCAUCUAUCGCGACUCGAAACAAAGCUUGGCGGCAAGCGUAGCAAGUUAUGGCAUUUGGGUUGCCGAGCUUGCUCAGAAUUUCAGACAUGCUAUGGGUGAAGGUCCUCCAAGCACAGGAUCAGCCACCUCUCAGAGCGUCAAGUACAGACACAACGUUGCACAUGACGGGUCGGUGUCUCGGCUGCUUUCGAUUCUCCAGAUUGAUCGAAUGGUCUGGCCUGGUAUGGGCGCUGAGAUUGUGUUCGAGCUCUACAGCAAGCAAGGUUGCUACUACCUGAGAGUUCUUUGGGGCGGACAAGUGCUUAAAUCAAGCCAUCCAGCAUUUGCGAGCAUGGACAUGGUGCCUGUCGGCACAUUCCUAGCCUAUAUCGAUGGAUUGGUUGGUAAAGGAGCAAGCAAGAUUCCCGAAAUCUGUGCCACGCCCCUCUAG